AUGAGCAAAGAAGAGUACUCAGAAAUGACUAAUUUGUGGGGAACAAAGUCGUUUUAUUUGUAUGCUAUUGCAGAAAAUGCCAAUGGAGAGGUUGCCUCAAAGUAUCUUUAUUUUAAUAGAGAGGUCAGAGGAAAGAAAAGUGAUAAUUAUUGAUGGAUUUGGGUUUUGGUUUCUAUAACAAUUGUCGCUUGCAUCAUUGGAGGGGGGCUUUAUAUUAGGAAACUGUUGAAAGCCCAUAGACGUCGAUCUUUAGAGUUAAUUCUUAUGAGAGAAAUUCAUAAUAAAGAGGGUUUACAAGACACAGAGUUAAAUUAA